AUAAGUUUGUCGGCACGAGAUUUGUGUUAGUGAGUUAAUGAAUACAAUCACAAUGGGAUCCAGGAUUGGGUAAAGGAAGGACAUUUUAUACCACAGUUUUAGGUGUCUGUCAGAACAAAACAUGAGUGGAAUUCUUGUCCUCAUAUUUCCUCUGUUGCUGAAAGCUGUCAGUAUUUUGCUGGUCACACUGUUCUGCAUCAAGCUAGUAAAGAGGAUCCUUCGCUAUAGGAAGUAUUUCUCAUUCUUCAACAGUAUUCCUGGUGAAACAGAUUUUCAUCCAAUCUGGGGAAACAUGCACAAGGUGGGAAACACAACGGAGGUGCGUAUAAAAUAUGUAAAUGGGCUGAUGCAGAAACAUCCACAACUUUUCAGAUUUUGGGUUGGCCCUUUCAUUCCAGUGAUUGUUCUAAAUCAUCCAGAUACGAUAAAGAAACUACUGAAAACUUCUGAACCAAAACCACUUACCUACCAUAUGGCAUUACCGUGGCUUGGGGAAGGGCUGUUAUUAGCAGGGGGUGAGAGGUGGGCUCGGUCACGGCGUCUCUUGACCCCCGCGUUUCACUUCGACAUUCUGAAGCCAUACGUGGACAUCUACAACAAGACUGCUGAUGUUUUACUGGACAAAAUUGAGCACUACUCUAAGACAGGAGAGAGUUUUGAAUUGUUUUCCAUGAUAAGUCUCUGCACGCUGGACAUUAUCCUUAAAUGUGCCAUGUCGUAUGACAACGAUGUUCAACUUAAAGGGGAAAGCCACCCCUACGUGAAGGCUGUGUACGAACUCUCGGAGUUGUGGUUUGAACGUGGAAGGAAUCCUCUGUUGUACCCUGACUGGAUUUACCAAUGGACAAAGGGAGGCCGUCGCUUUCUGAAGCAGUGUAAAUUUGUUCAUUCCAUAUCAGAAGACAUCAUAGAAAAGAGAAGACAGACAUUGUUAGAGAAACGUAAAGAAUCAUCCAGCAAACGCUAUCUAGAUUUCUUGGACAUUCUGUUGACAGCAAAAGAUGAAAACGGAGUUGGGUUAACACCUUUGGAAAUUAGAAAUGAAGUUGACACGUUUUUAUUUGAAGGUCAUGACACGACCGCUAGCGCCACCUCGUGGAUUCUGUACUCCAUGGCAACGAAUCCAGAGAUCCAGAGAGAAGUGCAGGCAGAGGUGGACAGUGUGUUAGAACAGAGACAUCACCACAGGGUGGAGUGGAAUGACCUGUCUCACUUUGAAUACUUGACUCGAGUAAUAAAGGAAGGACUGCGCAUGCACUGCCCGGUUCCGUUUGUACAGAGAUACCUCACGGAGCCGCUGGAGGUUGAUGGGAUCACGAUCCCCACGGGGACGAUGUGUUCCGCUCACAUAAUGAAUCUUCACCACAACCCCACGGUCUGGGAAGAUCCGUCUGAAUUCCGACCCGACCGGUUUCUGCCACAGAAUACAAACAGCAAAGAUCAUUAUGCAUUUCUGCCAUUUUCAGCUGGCCCCAGAAACUGCAUUGGGCAACAUUUUGCUAUGAAUGAGGAGAAAGUAAUUCUGGCCCGAAUUCUUCACCGGUACAGUUUAGAACUUGACACAAGUCAUAAAGUUGCGAAACGCUUUGCCGCAGUAAUGAGGAGCGAGGAAGGAAUUCACGUCUUCGCCAAACCACGAAUUAAAGGGAAUAACUGAGUCUAGCUAAAGAUACAAGUCCAGUAACUCUUACAUGAAUCUUGUGAUACAAGUUCUGUAAUCAAAUAGCUGCAAAUUCUUUGGUAGAGUAGUUGUUAAACCAUCAUAUUUAAGGUUGGUAGGUACUGGGUUCGCAGCUCGAUACCGGCUCCCACCCAGAGCAAGUUUUAACAACUCAAUGUGUAGGUGCAAGACCACUACACCUUCUUCUCUCUAACUAACCACUGA